AUUGUCUCCACUUUUCUCACUCCUCUGCCAACUCUCCUGCCUGCUCACUCCGCUUUGCUGACGCCUGCGUUCUCUCUCUCUCUCUCUCUCUCUCUCUCUCUCUCUAUUGUCACAACGGAAAAGCAAGCGCGGUGCUAAGGUGCUGCGUUGGGCGAUGGAGGGACUAAGAAGUUCUUACCCGAAGAUCUUUGCAGAAUACAACACUAGCAGAGCAUUCUUGUCUUCUGGAACUCUUUCUAAUGUACCAAGAAAAUGUUUCUUUGUGUCGCGGAAGCUCGUUAGCAUCGAUUUAUCACAUUCGUUUCCUCUGUAUUUCAAGGCAUUUGAGUCUCUUGGAUCCUCUUCUUUCUCGUCAGAAACACAGGCGGGCUGGGAGACUGCAGAUGAUAAGUCUCAAGCAACAAGUCAAUUGAAAACUGUUCAUGUUAAAUUCCAAUUACAAAAGGAGUGUGUGUUUGGUCAGCGGUUCCUCCUUGUUGGUGAUGAUCCCGUCAUUGGUUUGUGGGAUCCUUCAAAUGCUAUACCACUGGAAUGGUCAGAUGGACAUAUUUGGGCAGUUGAGCUGGAUCUACCUGUUUGGAAGCCUGUACAAUUCAAGUUUAUUCUUGAAGGAACCACCGGAGAGGUUUUCUGGCAACCAGGCCCAAACCGGCUUGUGCAGACUUGGGAAACUAAGAACGUUAUCAUUGUUUCAGAAGACUGGGAAAAUGCUGAAAUUCAAAAAAUAACAGAGGAGCCGAUGUUUCAUCCAAUCAUGGAAUCAUUUGCUACAGAAAACUGGAAUUAUCCAAAUGUGGAAGGGGUGGCUAAACAUAAUGAGAGAUUGACUUUUGCAAAGAACAUUUCCUUCCCUGGAGAGGAAUAUAUGGCUAACGCAAGCAGUGAACUGAUUGAUUCAGAGUAUACAACUCAUCCCAAAGAAGAUCCUGUGGCCAUUGCAAGUAAUACAUCAAUUGCUGAAUACAUGGCUGAUUUGGGCGAGGGAUUGCAAACUUCGGACAGCAUUACUUAUUCACAAGAAGAAAACCUGCCUAAUGCAAACAAGGAAGUCAUCAUUGCCCAAAGCACUCCUGAAAGUAGUGAGGGAGUUAUAAGCUCGGAAGAUAAGGACCAAGGUAUCUAUUAAGGAGGUUUUGUUCUAGUACCUGGACUGACUCCGUUACCGACAAUGAGAACUCAAGAUUCAUCAUCACAACUGUUUGAGGAAGGCAAUAAUUCCGAUGCUCCUGCUCAAGCUGGUGAGGCUGAUGAUAGUAGUGCACCUGAGGUAACCGUUUGAAAAGUUGUACUUUUGUUUUCUUUUGUUAUCCUCAACAACGAAUCAGUCUCCACUUGUCUCCAUCGGUCUGGACUGUAUUGAAUUGGUAGGCCUCAUAGUGUGCAAAAAGUGUUUGGCUGUUAUAUGUUCUUUUUUUAGCUUCUAGCUCAGCAGCAUAUUGUCACUUUCAAUUGAAUAACACCAGAGCACUGGAUCUGGGUAAUCAUUGAGUAUAGUAUGAACUUUCCCGA